AUGGAUCUAUCUAUUGAACCAAAUUUGCACUCUCUAAUUACUUCCUCAACGCAUAAGUGGAUUUUCGUUGGUGGUAAAGGUGGUGUUGGUAAGACAACAUCAUCGUGUUCUAUUGCUAUUCAAAUGGCAUUGGCACAACCACAAAAACAGUAUUUGUUAAUUUCUACUGAUCCUGCUCACAAUUUAAGUGACGCUUUUGGUGAGAAAUUUGGUAAGGAUGCAAGAAAAGUUACAGGUAUGAAUAACUUAUCAUGUAUGGAAAUUGAUCCAUCGGCAGCAUUAAAGGACAUGAACGACAUGGCAGUCUCACGCUCUAACGCAAAUGGAGGUAGCGGUGAGUCGGAUGGGUUGAGCAACCUGUUGCAGGGCGGUGGUCUCGCCGAGUUAACAGGAUCUAUCCCGGGUAUCGAUGAAGCAUUAUCAUUCAUGGAAGUGAUGAAACAUAUUAGAAAUCAAGAAAAGGGCGAAGGCGAGUCCUACGAUACCGUCAUAUUUGAUACUGCUCCAACGGGACACACCUUGAGAUUUCUACAAUUGCCAAAUACCCUUUCAAAACUACUGGAAAAGUUUGGCGAGAUCACCGGAAAUUUUGGCCCAAUGUUGAACUCGCUUGCUGGCACCGGUAACAUUGAUAUUACCGGGAAACUUAAUCAGUUGAAAGAAAAUGUUGAAUUAAUCAAAAGCCAAUUCACCAAUCCUGAUUUAACAACUUUUGUUUGCGUUUGCAUUAGUGAAUUCUUAUCGCUAUAUGAAACAGAAAGGUUGAUUCAAGAAUUAAUUUCUUACGACAUGGAUGUAAAUUCAAUCAUCGUCAAUCAAUUGCUUUUUGCAGAACACGAUCUAGAGCAUAACUGCAAAAGAUGUCAAGCAAGAUGGAAAAUGCAAAAGAAGUACUUGGAUCAAAUUGAUGAACUGUAUGAGGAUUUCCAUGUUAUCAAGAUGCCACUAUGUGCUGGUGAAAUCAGAGGUUUGGAUAAUUUGAGAAAGUUUUCUAAAUUUCUCGACAAGGAGUACGAUCCAUCUAAAGAUGGCGAAGUCAUAUACGAGCUAGAAGAGAAAAACUAG